CUGCAAGUGACCGAAGAAGCGGCGGCGCCGACGACCUCCAUCUUCGUCUCUUCCUUCCCGGGCCGCCAUGUCCAAGAUCUCCAAGUCCAAGCGCAACUACCUCUACAGCCCCUACCAGCUCAACGAUGGGCUCGCCGACGCACCGCCGGACGACAAUACCGCCUUCGUGGACCCAGUGCUAAGCGGCUUGCCUGCCAACUUGUCGCGCAACCUCUGGGACGACUGGAGCGAAGAGACGAUGCUGCAGGACGACACAACGCUGGCUAACUUUGCCAGUGGCAUGGACAUGACGUUUCCAGAUGCACCGAGGAAGCCGCGCGCCAACUCGUACAAUUUCAUCGACGCCAUCAUCAUGGAGACCAAACCCGAGCCCGACAACCACAGCAACCACGUCAGCAACGGCCUCGUGUCGCCGCCCAUGCACCUGACGCCGGCGCCCACGAAUGGUAUGCCUGACAUGACGCUACAUACAAACGGUAUCGGCGCAGCAGCCACCUCGUACGCGUCCUUUGGUGCCAGCCACGUCGAGUACGCCAAGACGCCAUCGACGUGGCAGCCGCAGGAGCCGCCUUCCAUGUGGGCAUCCCAGGACAAGCCACCGCAAGCGACACCACCAAGCCACAACAUGCCGCACGCUCAAGUUGCCAUGCUACCGCCGCCGCAGCUACAACAGCAACAACACCCAGCGACCCCGCAGCAAGGCAUGCCCAGCAUGAUGGCGCAAGCGCCCAUGAUGCAUCCUGGCAUGGCGCCGUACGGUGCGCAGAGCAUGAUGAUGCCCGGCUUCAUGUACUCGCAACCGAUGAUGGGCUUCAACGCGCAUCCUGCAUGGGCUAUGAUGCCGAUGGGCAUGCCGCCGGCCGCGCCGGUCCUCAGCAUCCCGCCCAUGGUUCCGCCGACCCCGGCGUUCUUGGCCGCCAAGCCGCCGCUCAAGCCCAACGCCGUGCCCUUUGUACAGAUCGCGCGCAAGCCGGGGACGCCGGAAAUGAGCUCGAUGCUCGCCAACCUUCUCGAAGAAGAGGCCGAGAAGAAGAACAAGAAGCUCGAGCGGAAUCGCGACUCGGCGCGCGAGAGUCGGCGCAAGCAGCAAAAGUACGUUGAAGUGCUCGAAGACGGCAUCCAGCAGCUGCAGAUUACAAAGGAACACAUCCAGCGCCACCGGUGGGGCCGGCCGCCGCUGCCAUUGGACGCAGUUGUUGGCGUGCCGCCGCGGCACCGCAACGCGUUUGACAUUGUCAAGUGGACGUCGCGCCAGAAACGCUUGCUCGGGCUGCCGCACAAGGCCCGCAUGCUGGAGCUCCAGCGCUGCUUUGUUGCGAUCGGCCACACGCUCGUGCGGCUGCAAAAUAGCGUCCUCGACAUGCAGCUCUUGGCGAGUGCAUUGGAGAGUGACCUCGUCACGUACCUCGGGCUGAACCAAGGACAGGUCGCGGCGCUCCAUACGACAGCGCUGACGAUGCGUCGCGAAGAAAGCGUGCGGCUCAUGGUGCUCAUGAAGGCAUACCGGGGCCUCCGGCGGUUCGCCGCCGACCUCUGCGUGCUCGGGCCUGGUAUGGACAUGUACUUUCGCGAACUCAUGUCGGGCGAGCAAAUGACCAAGUUGCUCUCGUGGACCGAGUCGAUGCGCGCCGAGAUUGACCGGCUGUCGUUCGAGGACGGCGACGACGAGCGACCUAUUUAA